AACUUCCUCCCCGGCUACGAAAGGGACGUUCCAGUAACCAAUAUGCACCCGCAAAGAGAGAGCAGGCUGCUAUCCGCGCCUGUGGAGAUUCGACGCGCUAUUUAUGCCAUGAUCAUACCCCGUGAAAUACACGCUUUUCUCUCGCGGGGUAGACUUCGCUUAUCAGUGUGCCUCGAACCCAAUUUAGGAGAUGACAGCCACGAUGGCCGUGAGCGGCGAUCAGGAACCGACCACGAAGGCAUCAGUAAGUGGGCUAGGCGCUUGCGAUCAUCAUGGGGACCGCAUUGGGAAUGCGAAGAAACCUCCCACGCGCGUUAUCAAUCUAAUAUCCACGGUUUUCUUUUUCUGUGCAAACAAGUGUUCUUCGAGGUCUCCGACAUAAUGACGGAAAUAGCGGCCAUCAACGUCACUGAUCUCGAGACCUUAAGCAUCUUAUUAGGGCGUGAUCAGUCAAAGGAUGUAUUCAAUUAUUCAUGGAUAUUAUGGGAACAUAUAUGUUUUACUAAUAUUCGCAAGCUCAAUCUUACUUUUCGACUUCCAGUGGCUUCCUACAGAGAGUUGGAAGACGAGGAUACGGUGCCAAGACAAAUGAGCACUGAGUCGACAGUGAGAGCCCUAUGGGCAUCGUCUUGGCCAGAUCUUUUAAUAUCUCGAGAACUUCGCAGUCUACACAUCUGGUUGGAUCAUGAUAAUUCUUCGUCAUGGUCGACUGUGAAAGAGCGCAUGGUAUUACGGACUCUCUCCGCUGCGCUCACAGCUCAUAAACAGGCGCCAUCUCAAACAGAAACCCCACAAGCGCCAGAUGUUGUGGUCAGCCUCCCCAAGUUGCACCCGGGUAUGGCUGCACCGGGUUCUCAUUUUACCCAGGAUAGUCUGUCCUUACCAUUCACCAUACAGCGACGAUACCGUCAACGAUGGCAUUGUAAAGAGACAAGCAAUGGUGAUCUGGACAUACAAUAUCGACCUGAUUUUCCUAUAAUGGAAGAGCUCCGUCACCUUGAGCCAGACCGCGAGUGGACGUUGCAGGGCAUCGAGGAGCUUGAAAUAACGUUAUUGGAGAGUGGCGAGGAUGUUGAGGCAGUGUUUGGUGAGCUACUCAACAGUCCCAGUAUUUGCUAUUGAGAUUCGCGUAUGCUUGGUAAGAUUCAUAUCGAAGACAGCACAGGACGAGCUGACCCAAUGAAGCGCGUGUGAGGCCGCGAAAUGACAUCUGGCUUCGCCACCAAUUGGCUCGGAUGUACCGUAGUUUGGCACGCAUGAAGACACACUACAACCCACUGGUAAUAUGAGAUUAUCAACCAAGAUCCCCAUCGCAAAGUUAUGUCUCGUGGAAGCUCUCAGUGGUCGAAGUGGUAAAUAAUCUAACCUACG